AUGGCAGUUCACAUUUACUCGCCUCAUCGUAUGAUCAAUGUCCUCGAGGUUUCGCUGGAGAGUUGUUCCGACGAUGACCCAGAUAAACAGAUCAAUCAAGCGUGCAUCGACUUUAAAUCUGAAGACUACCAGGUAGCGCUUGAUCGUUUCCUUUCCGUGGUCAGGCAACUCGGAUACACUGCCGAUCUGCGUUACAAUAUCGCACUUUGUUACUUCAAGCUGAAAAACUACACCCAGGCGCUGCGCUACACGGCAGAUGUGAUCGAAAAUGCAAUUAAGGACCAUCCAGAACUGAGCGUUGGUAUGGUAACGGACGGUCUUGAGGUGUAUUCAGUUGGGAACACGCUGGUUCUUUCGGAAACGGCCCUGAUCGAAGCUUUCAACCUUAAAGCCGCCAUUGAAUACACACUGAAGAAUUGUACCUACAGUUCCUGCUGCUGCAAGACAUUUUUCCAGCCGAGACCUUCAGGAACCUUUUGCUGCUGUACUGUCAUAUGCCUAAAUGAACACAGCGUCUUUCAGUACUACGACAUGGCAGCGGAUCUUCUAGCUGAAAACGCAUCGUUUACUUACAAGUACUUAGAUCAGAACACAUUCGACUUUUUGGAUGCCAUAAUUACUGGUCAGACGUCGCCGGAGGAAUCUUUCAAGAAGUUUGAAGUCAUGUCUGUGUAUCACACCGAAGUUUUGCGCAAGCUGACGAACGAAGUUCACGAGAUGCGAAAGAAUCAAAACGAAGAGGGCGCCAGCAAGGCCGUGGAAGCAUUCGACGAACAGCUAGAACAGUAUCUUCCCGUUCUUAUGGCGCAGGCGAAAAUUUUCUGGGACGCCGGGGAUUACGUGAAGGUAGAGAAGGUAUUUCGCAAGUCUGUGGAAUUCUGCAGCGAGCACAGUGUGUGGCGGCUAAACGUGGCGCAUACGUUAUUCAUGCAAGAAACGAAGUUCAAGGAAGCGGCAGGAUUUUACGAGCCGGUCAUCAAGCGCAGCUUCGACAACAUUUUGGAAGUCAGCGCCAUUGUCUUGGCAAAUCUCUGUGUGUGCUAUAUCAUGACUAACCAGAACGAAGAGGCGGAAGAGUUAAUGCGCAAAGUAGAGAAGGAAGAGGAAAGACUGCUGACAGAAAACGCAGGGAGCAAAGUAUUUCACUUGUGCAUAAUCAAUCUGGUUAUAGGGACCCUUUAUUGUUCAAAAGGCAAUUACGAAUUUGGAAUAUCACGGAUCAUCAAAGCAAUGGACAUCAGUUCCAACAAGCUGGGACCAGACACGUGGUUCUACGUAAAGCGGUGCUUCCUGGCCUUGGCAGAAAAUAUGGCCAAGCACGUGAUAUCAGUAUCCGACAAUACGAUCGACGAAUGCAUCCAAUUCUUGGAGCAGUGUGAAGGUGAUAAACAAAUUUACAAGGUUUCGACUGUCGUCGAUGGUCCGCUGUACGAAAUAUUACCAGAAAACAGGGGAAAAAAUUCGGUUACGUACGAAGCAAGAUAUCUUAACUAUUUGCUGAAAAAUAUCAUGUCUUGUUGA